AUGGGUCCUUCUCUGAGAGGCCACACUUCAAUGGCCUCGAUGGCUCGUCCUCAAACCCGAGACACCAACCGUCCGACGACGAGAGAACAAGUCGUCGACAACACGAUUAUUCCCAGCCGGACCUCGUCUCUACACUCACGAAUCACUCAGCCUCUCCCCUCCAGUUUGGCUAAGACGAAUAACAGACCGACGCCGAAAACUCUGACCCAUGCUUAUAUGGUAUGUGGUGUGGGAAGGGAACCAUCACAAUGGGUCAAAGCACCACCACCAUCCCAUGGAAAGAUCCAGCAUAUGAAAGGAGCGGUUGGCCAAUUCUGGCUCCCAGAGAUCUUGGGUAGCAGCCCCAGGUUAGAAAGUGACAAUGAAAUUGCAAGAGCCUUGCACAGUGCUAUGAGGGCUUGCUUUCCCCAUGAUGUCGAAAUUUGUACAGGACGAAGCCAGCCACAUUGUGUCCAUCAUGCAUUCGUCCUUCAGCAAGACUCUCAACAUACUUUGUACGGGAUUGCCCUUCGAGUCUGGUCUCGAGCAGAUGAGAAGCGUGCCGAGACCAUUCGUGAUCUCCGUCGCAAGACCGAACCUGACUACAGAGAUAUUGCCGACGAGACGUACUGGAUCCCUUACUGCUUGAGCUUCCUUUCGAGGUACCCUCUGUAUAAUCUUCUCGGCGACUAUCUACGUGGAAUGUGGAUCCACUGGAACAAGGCCACCAACCUGUUCCAUGCUGAGGAAGUCUCUCGAAUUCUAAGCUUCCCUGCGCCGAGACUCAACGAUCUCGUCCGCAUCGACAUGAAGGACUAUGCCCUGUGCUAUCAGUUCCCCUCCUCCCCAACCGGCUUUCAGAAUUUCGCCAUGUGGCCAUUGUUCACCUGCUUGAGCAUUCCCAAUAUUGUCGGCCUUAUUGAGGCGGCAGUUUCGCCCACACGACGGAUAAUCCUUACCAGCCAUCACCCUGCAAUGCUUACAAUCGCCGCCGAGACCAUCAGGUUUUGUGUACGCGUCUACGAAUGGAGCGGUCUUUAUGUGCCCGUGGUCCACGCCCGAAAUGCCAAUGAGAUGGUCCAGGAGCCCGGACCAUACAUUUUGGGCAUUACCACGGAGUGCCGAUCCUUAUUUCAGCCACCAAAGGAUGCAUUGUUGGUUGAUCUGGAUCGCAAUCUUGUCAUCACCGACCACCCUCCGAAUAUUUUGACGCCCAGCCAACGCACUAAGAUGAUCAAUCGUCUUUCUCAAGCAUUGAACAACGACGUUGAGAUAUCUGGCGUGCCACAACAUCUCAAAUCUGCCUAUGGUGGUGGCAAGCUCAUUCCUGCCGGCCAGAUCAUUGUGCUGCGUGGAGAGGUCGAGAGUGUUCAAGAUCCUUCGUGGUGGAACCAAGAUUCUGUGAUGGCAGUCAUGGACCAUGUCUGCGAGAAGCUUGGACGCAACACCGGCGUCAAGGCGUGGUUCGGAGGGUCGAUGAAGAAACCGUUGAUGACGAAGAUUUCUAUGAGACACAUGAACGAAAUCGUCCGCGAACGCAAUCAGUACUCCCGUGAUGCCUUGGAGGCCUGGCAAGACUUCAUCAACCUCAAGGGCCGCAUGGACACGGAGCUUGCCAAGGUUGCGAAGCGCAACAACUACCUCGAACAAGAGGUUGAGACUUGGAAGCUGCAGUUCCAGAAGUUCCAGGCCUUUGUUGAAUCGCUCAACAAAGAACUGGCCGAACUUCGUGUGAAGAUUGAGUCUCACAAACGAGAGAAUCGCCGCCUCACCGGCCUCAUUGAUCAACAAAAGGAUGACACUGCUCGUCUUGCCCUUCGCCUUGCUGGUACUGAAAGACAGCGGGACAAUGCUCUCGAAGCUCUUGUUCUGCAGCAAGGCAUUGCCGAAGACCUUGAGAAGGAACGCACUCGUAACCGCAAGGAGAUUGCUGCCCUAGGUCAUACCAACCAGACCCUACAGAGACAGCGUGAUGAGGCUCAACGUGUGGUCCUCCACCUGCGUUCGCUCAUUACCGGGCAAACCCAUCAUAUGGAACACAUUGUGCGCUCGAUCGGUUCCGCUUCGGAGCUUGCUGAAUAUAUCCAAGAAGGCUACGAAGAAGACGACACUGAGGACGGUGAGCAUGAAGAGAUCGCCGAAGAUGGUGAUGACUUCCGUAAUGUGACCAGCGGAGCCGGCAAGCGUGCUUCGAGAGCUGGGUCGAUUGACGGCCAGGACGUCACCCCUUCAAUGGAGAGCAAACUGCUUGCCUCCAGUAAACGAGCCAGCAAACGCUACUCUCAACUCAGCAUGUCUGAUGUUGCCGACCGACAUCUCCGUGACAAGACGGAUGCGAUUGCCGACAUUAUCCGUAAUAUCAGCGAGCAGUGUGCCGCUGCCGUGGAAGGCCUCCAACUCGCCAACGAAGCGGCCGAAGUCGAUGAUGAGGACCAGGUCGAGGUUGACGAGGCCGGCGGCGUCUCCCCUUCGACAAACCAUACCCGCGAAGAUAGUGGGAAUGUGUCCCUUCUUGAUCAUCUCACCACCGAUUCUCGCACUGGGACAGGCCACUUGACACCACAAAGUGAACGGAGUUCCAUUCCACCCACUCCAGAUCUGGUCCAUCAACGAUCGAGCACUGCGUUGAGCAUGGCCAGUACGGCGCCCACGAACUACACUGCUCGCGAGUCGUUGAACCAGAACACCCGGGCUGAUCGAACCAAGAUUGUCGAGGUUGAGGACGAGGAAGCUGAGCAGGCUCAUGCUUCGGCGGGAAUCAGCGGAAAUACCGGUGCCAAGGGCGAGCCUGUUGAUGAAAUCAUCAAGCAACCAGCUGUUCGCAGUUCGGUACUUGGUCGUGUCGCAGAAGCUUAG